CCUUGUCUUCCUCCUCGGUCGAGUGUCUCUACUCUCCGCGUGACGUUGCCAAGGCCACGUGACGCCAGACGAGGAGAGCCCGCAGAGGAGGAAGGACGCGCAUCCCUCCGCGUAUCCAUUCCUGCUCCCGGCGGCGAGAGAGGGAGAAAGGGGGGCGUGCAAAUAAGAAAGAAACAAGUGCAAAAGAUAGGGCAACCACUAAAAGUUGACUCGCGGGCUCCGGCUUUAUCAAAGCUGUCUGAGAAAUCGUCCGUUCGCUAUCGGAUCUGCACCGGUGUCGUUUACGCGUCCAGAAUCCCACCGUCAAGUGUUCUCGAGAGAGUAGCGGCCACACAGAGCGCAUCGACCGCGGAGAGAACGUUUGCAAAGCUCUUUUGCGCGAGCAGUUAGUCGGUAGCAGUCUUUGCAAGGACUGUGCGCGUCGUGUUCCACUUGACACGGUCGGAGACCCCGCAGAGCCGCUUAGAUUUGACGCCACCCUGUGCCAGACCACUCUCGUUCAGAGCGCAGCGAGCCACGUGUAGAAGAUGGGCCGAGUCCGCCAGUUUCGUUCCUUCUGCGGCAUCGACGAGGUGUCCGCCACGAGCAGCCUGUGGAAGUCCAUGGUGGCCGAAUACAUCGGGACGGCCGUGAUCGUGCUCAUCGGCUGCGGCUCGUGCAUCAACUGGGGCUCGCCCGAGAAGCCACAGGGCGAGGCCACCAUGGUGCAGAUCGCCAUCGGGUUCGGGAUCACCGUAGCCAGCAUGGUGCAGGCACUUGGCCACGUGAGCGGCGGGCACCUGAAUCCGGCCGUCACCAUCGGGAUGCUGUUCGUGGGACGCGUGUCGCUGUUGCGCAGCUUCUUCUACCUGUGCAGCCAGCUCAUCGGAGGCAUCACGGGCGCUGCCAUCCUGCGCGCAGUCACUCCGGAGGCGCGACACGGGGCUCUGGGCGGCACGUCGCUCGCCGAGGGCGUCACGCCGCUCAUGGGUCUCGGCGUCGAGGCCUGCAUCACCUUCAUCCUCGUGCUGACGGUGUUCGGCGUCUGCGACGCCAACCGGCUCGACGUCCAGGGCUCGGCGCCGCUGGCCAUUGGUCUCUCGGUCACCACAUGCCACGUCUUUGCGGUCCGAUACACGGGAGCAGGCAUGAACGUGGCGCGUUCUUUCGGUCCGGCGGUGAUGUCUGGAAUGUUUGACGACCACUGGGUCUUCUGGCUGGGACCCAUCCUCGGAGGCGUGAUCGCCGCCGUGGUGUACGAGAACGUGUUCCAGGCGCCGCCCAUCACCACCGAGGAUCUGGACAAGGCCCAGAUCACGGUCAUGGCCAAGCUGGCCAACAAGGAGGUGGUCGCCGAUCGCACCACGUCCAUCUGAGCUGUACAGCGCCGUGCACGGAGCGGCGCCGAGGCGGCCUUAGCGGUGCUUCGGUCGCCCACUGCGUGCCAGCUUAUUUCUUUCCAAGGUGUCGGAAGUGCGGGCUUUCUAUGGUGUUGCUUCUUUCGCCCCUUACACUCUGUUCCUAUCGUUGAGGCGCAAUGCAUGCGUCGAUGAGGCAUCGAGCGAAGCUAGCUA